AUGGUCUCUAUUUGUCCUGUCAUGGUUAAACUGCGACUAACGCAUCCGAGGUGUCAAAGAGCUGACAACAGUCUGAUAAUAAAUAGGCAUUUCAAUCCAUUGUCUGAUCCCACUACAGACCUACUCUUAAUUCAGAUGCCUGUGUAUUACUACUAUGAUCAAGAUCGUGUCCGAAGGGUACUCAGACAUGAAACCUAUCCACCCCUUCCACCACCAGGUGAAAGACAAAAGAGGCAAGUCUCAAAUACUGACUCUGAGGCUGCCCUUAAGUGGUAUGGCACUGAUGUAACAAAUGCACUUAGCUAUAUAGAUGCUGCAUUUCGUUCAUCAUACACAAACGAAGCUUACAUAUUCAUAAAAAAUGAGUAUGUGCUUUUGAAUUAUGCUCCCCACUCAACAGGCGACAAAAUAUUGAAUGGCCCCCUUCUUAUUUGUGAUGGGUUUCCUUCUCUUAUUGGGACUGCUUUUGGAGAAUAUGGAAUAGAUUCUGCCUUUGAUACAGAUGAUAAUAAGGCUUUUAUCUUCUCUACAAACCUUUGUGCCUACAUGGAUUACGCUCCAAGAACUACCGAUGACAAAAUACUCUCAGGUCCCAUGAAAAUAACUGACAUGUUUCCCUUUUUCAAGAAUACAGUGUUUGAAAGCGGCAUAGAUACUGCAUUUAGGUCGAGUGUUGGCAAGGAAGUUUACUUAUUCAGAGGCGAUAAAUACGCUCUUAUAAACUAUGAUUCCAAGAAUCUUAUUAACAACAUCCAAAAGAUCACGGAUGGGUUUCCUAGUUUGAUAGGUACGGUCUUUGCAAGUGGGAUUGAUGCAUCUUUUGCUUCUCAUAAGUAUAAUGAGGCUUACAUUUUCAAAGGAGAGUUAUAUGCACUCAUCAACUUCGCACCACACACAACUGAUGACUACUUGGUUGAUGGUAGAGUGAAGCCAAUCCUUCCCAAUUGGCCAUCUCUUCGUAGCAUAUUGCCUCACAAUAAUGCUGGCCUUGAUGAUCACCAUCAUCAGGAUGAGGAUCAUGACGAUGUUUAAAAUGAUAAUGACAAUA